CCUGUCUCGUGAAGCAGCAGGUUAAGGGAGAGGAGAAGAAAAUAAAAGCUUUCUUCCUCUCUCUCUCUCUCUAUCUCUCUCCAACAUCACAUUCAUUCUUUGCUUCACCCUUUUAAAUCACGAGAUCCCCAUCUUUUGCUCUCUUUCUCUCUCUUCAUGCCUUCUUCAAGACCUCUGUCUCUGUUUCUCACCCUAGUGUAUUACUAUUACCCAUUGGCGUUGGUCUUGUAGCUCCAGCCACGGACGUUGGGAAGAUAGUGAGAACGAAAGAGAGAGAGAGAGAGAAUUAAGGACUGUGUUUGGGUUCGAAAAUGUCACAUUCUGGAAAACCCAUAGCGGAACUGGGGCUUGAUACACUCACCGAUCGGUUUCGAAGCUCACUGAGCUAUGAAGACGACAAAGACAACGUCAACAAACCCGACUUCCGAGAACUCGAUCUGGGCUCGCCGGUCUCCCCUCUACGGACUCGGGCCAGUGGGCUCACUAUCACCACAACCACCACCAGCAGUAGUUCUAGUUCAUCCGGAUCUAUAUCCGGCCGAAACGGGUCCAACGCGGUUCCCUGGAGAUCCGAUUCCAACCACUCCGGAGAGCUUUCCGGUUCCGUCGAGAGUUCCCCAAAGGCCGGCGCCUCUCGUGGCGUCAAAAGCAAUGGAAGGUCCGAUUCGGGUGGGUCACACCCAUUAGUCUACUCAGGUUCAGUGAACUCGCCAGCGGCGAAUGUAUUUCCAACUGGUAAUAUUUGCCCGUCGGGCAAGGUUUUGAAGACUGGAAUGGCAAGUCGGACCUCGAGAAUCGACGUUUUGCGGUCGGGAUCGGGCAAUUACGGCCACGGAAGCAUAAUGCGAGGCGGUGUCGCCGCCAAAUCCGGCGGUGUUGGGGACGUCGUCGUCGGCGUAGAAUCAUUGAAUAGGGCGAUGUGGAGUAAUGAACCUGAGGAGUUGAAGAGGUUAGGGAAUGAACAGCACAAAAAGGGUCAUUUUGCUGAGGCAUUGGCUCUUUAUGAUAAGGCGAUUGCCAUUGCUUCCGGCAAUGCCGCUUACCAUUGUAACCGAGCAGCGGCAUUAAUGGGUCUCAAGAGAUUGCCGGAGGCAGUGAAGGAAUGCGAAGAAGCUAUUAGGUUGGAUCCAGGAUAUGUGAGAGCACACCAUCGUUUAGGAUCUCUUUUUCUUAGUUUAGGACAGGUUGAAAAUGCUAGGAGGCACCUUUGUUUUCCAGGACACCAGCCAGAUCCAGUUGAAUUGCAGAAAUUGCAAGCCAUAGAGAAGCAUCUAAGCAAGUGUACCGAUGCCCGAAGGGUUGGCGAUUGGGAAAAUGCAUUGAGGGAAGACGAUGCCGCCAUUGCUUCUGGAGCUAGCACUUCUCCUCAGCUAUUUGCAUGUAGAGCAGAAGCCCUUUUAAAGCUUCACCAACUAGAUGAUGCAGUUUUGAGACUGUCAACCCUACCUAAAUUUGAACCAUCUACUCCUUCCUACUCCAGGGCAAAGUUUUUUGGGAUGCUUUCUGAAGCGUACAUAUUCUUUGUCCAUGCUCAAAUUGAGAUGGCACUGGGAAGGUUUGAAGAAGCACUCACAGCUGUUGAGAAAGCUGGGCAGAUUGACCCCCGAAAUGUAGAGGUUUUGGUUUUGCUCAACAAUGUGAGGUUGGUGGGAAGAGCUCGUGCUCGUGGCAAUGAUCUUUUCAAAUCUGAAAGGUUCACUGAAGCUUGCUCAGCUUAUGGGGAAGGUCUCAGGCUUGAUUCUACAAACUCGGUUCUCUACUGCAACAGAGCAGCUUGUUGGUAUAAGCUUGGACACUGGGACCUGUCCAUUGGUGACUGCAACCAAGCUCUCCGUGUCCAGCCCAAUUACACCAAAGCUCUUCUUCGAAGGGCUGCCUCAAACAAGAAGCUUGAGCGGUGGGAAGAAGCCGUGAGAGAUUAUGAGGUCUUAAGAAGGGAACUUCCAUAUGAUAGAGAGGUUGCUGAAUCCUUAUUUCAUGCUCAAGUUGCAAUGAAGCAAUCCCGUGGGGAAGAAGUUUAUAACUUGAAGUUUGGUGGGGAAGUGGAGGUGGUUUCAGGUCUUGAGCAGUUUAGAGCAGCGAUUUCUGCACCUUGUGCAUCUGUGGUCCAUUUCAAAGCAGCUUCCAACCUGCAAUGUAAGCAGAUAUCUCCAUUCAUGGACAAAUUAUGCAUCCGAUACCCCUCAACUAGUUUUAUCCAGGUGGAUGUGGAUGUUAGUCCAACAAUUGCAAAUGCUGAGAAUGUUCGGAUUGUACCAACAAUUAAAAUUUACAAAAGAGGCAGCCGGGUGAAGGAAAUGGUCUGCCCAAGUCUGGAGGUGAUGGAAUCCUCGGUGAGGCAUUACAGUAUUUGAACAAGACUUUGCUGUACUGCUUUUCUGCCAUAUUUUCUUGCAUAUCUUCUUGCUUCCAAACUCCCAGUGUGAUGGGAACAGACUCUCCUCCCACCAUACAAGGAUUACCAGUUACUUGAGACAUAUUCGGAGCCACUACAUAAUAAUCUCAUUAGGAGCCAAAUCAGCCUGUGCCACUGGAGUCACUGAUAGAUAGCUUAGUUCCCUUGUGCCAUUGUUAUUUGUUCAUUCAUUCCUCAUUGUCCUAUGGUUCCACCUUCUCCCAUCUCCUUUUCUAUUGCUUUUGUAAUAGUUUUUUAGGCUUUUUUCAUCUUCGUUUUCAUGUAGGCCAGCCAUGUUCUAUAAUUUUUAGUGUCAAUGGAAUUAUUGAGGAAAAUGUACUACUGAUUAUAGACUGCUGUCUAGUUAGCUGUGUCUGUCUGUCUGAGUGAGAGAGAGAGAGAGAGAGAGAGAGAGAGAGAUGGCUAGCAGGGAGGAUCUGUAGAUGUAUAUUAAUGUGAUGAUAGAUAAAGAAGAUUGGAAGCUUUGGGGGACAAUGGAUGGCUACUCUGGUCAGUGA